AUGCCCAACAAAACCCCCACUCUGUCAGAUUUUCCUUCCAGACUUACCGUCACCGUCACUCUCCCACCGCCCCCUACCUCAAACCCAGCCCCAAACAUUCUCAUUCUUCUUCAUGGGAUAGGUGAUAGCUCGGAAAAUUUCUCAGGCUUUGCACGCGCCCUACGCCUCGCGGAGACAACAAUUGUCACCGUCCAAGCCCCCACGCCACUACCAUUCGACUUAGGCGGGUUCCACUGGGGCGAUGAUAUCGCCUUCGACACAUCCACAGGCGGACUGGACAUGGAUGUCAGCCUGACCAGUAGCACGAAAAUGCUAGUCAAUAAUGUUAUCCGCGACACACUAAUUAAGAAAUGCGGCUACCGCCCGCGCGAAAUAAUGAUACUUGGUUUUGGUCAAGGUGGUAUGGCUGCACUAGUCACAGCACGAGAGUUGGAACAGUCGGCUGGCGAGGACGUGGACAGAGAACCAUUGUCCGGAGUAAUCUCCAUUGGUGCGCCAUACCCACUCGCCGGGUUAAGGUCUGGUUCUAAGAACCGGUCACCAGUGCUGCUAGUUGGUGGACGGGACUCAACUAUUGUUUCUGAUGCCGCUGUGCUUCGGACAAAAGAAGUUUUUGAAUUUGUCGAAUUAAGUCGCUAUGCGCGCAAAGGUGAUACAAUGCCUUCUAAUUAUGAAGAGAUGGCGCCUGUUAUGCGAUUUUUUGCGCGGAGGCUGCGUAGUCAGAAGGGUGUACCUGAAGGUAGCGUUGAGCUUGGUUGA